AUGGUUAAUAUGGUCUAUAAAUAUAUGCAAAAAGAGGCGACAGAUGGAGUUAAUAACGUAAAUCAGGUACACAAAAGGACAGCAGAAGCAACAGGUGCAUCUACCCGCACUGUUCAAAGGAUCUUAAAAGAGGCUAAAUCCUCUGAACCUUUGUUGGUCAUUCGAACUCCGGGAAAGAAAAGGCCGAGAAAGAAACCCGUUACAGAUAUUCACACGUUUGAUUAUUGUAUAAUCAGAAAAUGCAUUCACAAUUUUCACAAUACAAAUGGACAACUGCCAACGACGAAAGAGCUUCUGAUCAAACUACGCAACGACAUCAACUUUCAAGGAUCCGGGAAAAGUCUAAGUCGUAUUAUCAAAAAUCUCAGUUUCCGAUGGAAGACCAUCCAAAAUAGACGGAAAAUAUUAAUUGAAAAAACAGACAUUCGAUUUAAACGUAUCAAUUAUUUAGAUAAAAUAAAAGACUAUCGCAGUAAGAGACGACCGAUUAUUUACAUACAUGUUACACAGUUCAGCUCCAAAUCCUGGUCAAGCAAAGUCAAAAAGCCCACAAUUAAGGAAAAAUGUGUCACUAUAAUACAUGCAGGAUCUGAAGCUGGCUUCAUACCGAACGCGUUGUUGAUGAUCGCAUACGAGCCUAAAGGAGGCGAUUGCAAUGACGAUAUACAUUUCAAUAAUUACAAAACGUGGCUUCGUACGCAACUGUUACCCUUUAUACCUCCUAAGUCAGUUGUAGUACUCGAUAGCUCUUCUUAUAAUACUAAGCAAUAUGAUACUGCGCCGACUCCUUAUUCCAAAAAAGCAGAAAUGCAUUCUUGGCUCACUGAAAAAGGAAUUCCCUAUGAUCAACAUAUGCUCAAACCACAACUUUACCAAUUAAUAAGUCUGUUUCAGGAUAAAUGUAAAAAUUUUGAGAUUGACAAAUUCUUCACUGCAGUUGGUCACAACAUUCUGAGAUUACCACGUUUUCACCCGGACUUAAGUCCAAUGGAAUUAGCUUGGGCUGAAGUAAAAGGGUGUGUUAGCGCAAGUAACUUCGAAUGGAACGAAAAUAGUGUAAUGAAGUUUUUUCAAGAGAAAGUAGAUAAAAUGGAUGCAAACACAUGGAGAAAAAUCUGCGAUAAGGUAAAAAGUGCAGAGGAGAUAUAUGUCAAAAACGAUCGCACUAUAGAUUUAAUGACUGAAGAAUAUAUCGUAGGUAUAAAUGAUAAUUCUGAUAGUGGCUCAGCAACAGAAUAUUCAUCAUCUUCAUCCGAUGAAGAGGAUCCCCUCGCUAUGGAUGAUGAACAGUCCGGUGAAUUAAGGCAGGAGGUUAAGACAGAAGACACUUCUGAUAGUGAUUGA